CUAAUUAUUUUCAACUGUGAAUGAAUUUCGGUAGUAAAAAGAAGCAUUGCUCUAUGUUGAAAGUAUUUAGUUUAGUAUUUCGUUAAGGUUAAUUGUAAAACCAGACGGAAAGUAAAUUCGAAGACAUUGUUUCGGCAAGUGCAUGCAAUAGUAAAUGACAAACAUUUUUUACGACAGGACAUAAAAAAUGGGGAUAGAAAAUAACGACGUUGUUGCGGAAUCAAGUGAAGAUGAUAGUGGAAUUGCGGACACAGGAAACGGAAGAAUUUCAAAUUCCCUAUUUGUAAGAUAAGGUUAUGCUGUUACUUCAUUCGUAAUGUGUUGAAUAAUAUUUUAUGGUUUUAUGAUUAACAUUACCAGACCGAACGCUUCUCCUGGUUACUGGCUGUGUUUGCUACUUCCACUUGCCUUUGCAUCAAACUUAAUACACGAAAACAAAUGCAAUGCGCAAUUUUCCACGCAACCCAUACUCACAAUUGCCGCAAUCGGUAUGAGCAUAGAUACCCUCUGCUUGUUUCUAUAUAUAUUCUGCAAGACGGGUUUGCUGCUGAAACUAUUUAUUUCAUUUGUACCUGGCUUUAUUACCACAAUAUUAUACAAAGUUUUAUUGCAACAGUCAUGGAGCUAUGGACUAUUUUGGGGCUUUAUCAUAACCUUCACUUAUCAGAAGACUUAUAUUCGUGUGCUACGUGGAUUACCCGGUUGUUUUAGUUUUGGUGAGGCAUCUAUACUCGUUCAGGGGUUGAUGCUUUUCCUAUUAAAUGUAAUUUUAAAAUUUUUUACUUUAUUGCUGAAAACUGAAAACAGGAGUACAUUUGAAGAUCUAAAUAUUAUAAUGAUGUGUGCACUAACCUAUCUUCUUGCAAUCUGUGGGUUACUAUCGGCUGCCAAAGUUCUACGUGGGCCUACCUACUUUUAUGCUUUAAUGUUUAUUUUAGUUACAGGCGUAACAUCCACUCCUAUUACGGAUCCAGUGCCUAUAACUUUCUUAUUGAAUUUUAUAUUCCAAGACCAAGUCAGGGUUUACAUUGUUGUUUUCUACUUAAUAAUGGUGGUGUUGACAAUUUUGACUGUGUGGUGGCAAAUUGGCAAUGAGGAAAAAGCUUCCACAAGAAUACGAAAAGUAUUUCAUGUCCUUAUUGUGCUUGUGUUCAUACCUGGAAUCAUUUAUCAAUGUAGUUUUCUAUAUAUUGCUACUGGAGUAGCUUUUGCAAUUUUUACUGUUUUUGAACUAAUUCGUGUUUGCAACAUACCGCCUUUGGCUAUAUCUUUGCGCAGAGCAUUUGCAUCAUUCUCCGACGAGAAAGAUGCUGGUUUACUCGCUUUAACACCAUUCUGUCUACUAAUUGGUUGUUCCAUGCCUCUUUGGAUAAGCUUAUGCCCUUGUGGGGAAAAUGAGUAUACGAAUGACAAUUCCCGAUUACUUUCAAUUUUAGCUGGAGUUCUGACAAUUGGAUUCGGCGAUACUGCUGCCAGUGUGGUUGGUUCGAAAUUUGGUCGCAUUAAGUGGCGUAGUUCGAAUAAAUCUUUAGAAGGCACUUUAGCAUUUAUGGUGAUGACUUUUUUGCCAAUAAUGUUUUUAAACUACUUUGGUUACACUAAAUUGUCCCCUAUGAAGUGGUUUAGCACAUCAAUAGCAAUAUUAACAACUUCCUUAGUUGAGGCGCAUACAGAUCAAAUCGAUAAUUUAACCCUUCCCAUAGUAUUUUAUAUAAUUGUGAAUAUAUUUUAAGAUUAAUUACCGUCUUGACUGGGAAGUACGUAGAAUUUAUUUUAGUUAGGUAUAAAACUUUUUAAUAUGUAUUUUAUAAAAAAAUCAAAAGGAAACUGAAACUGUUUUUAGAUAUGGAAGUUUUAGUCCAAUAAACUGCAAAGUCAAAAUUUUGCAAAGAAAAUUAUUUUUACGUAUGAACUAAUACAGUACUAUGUAUAUUUACGGUUUUAAACUGAUCGUGUGUCAUGUAUACCCAACCAUAAUAAUUUUUCUAUAUUCCCUAUACGGGUAAUGUAGUAGAUGUCAUGAAUUCAGAACAUAUUAAUGUUGGAAACAAGCUGUAUCGAGUUUGGGAAUCACUAAAACUAAUUUUAUCGGUUUUGUUAUCAGAAUCAAAGCAAGAAUGUAAUCGUUAACAGAGUUAAGAAAAUAAUUUAAUAAAGCCAUUCAUUCAGACCUGAAUAUACCUUUUGUUAAAGAUGAAAUUAAAAGAUUUAGUUCAGCAUAUUUGCACAGGUUAAGUUAUCAUGGCAAUCCUUUGGCAGUCAUGUUAUUAGAUGAUAGUAAUGAAAUUAUUAGACUUAAAAGACAACAUGUUCUAGAUCUCCCAUUUAGGAAUUAAGUAAAUGUUUAAUUACAUAUGUUACUACGAUAUUAAAUGUAUAAUUAAAUUUUCUUAUAUAAACAUUUGUAUUUAGAACAUAUUGUUAUAUUGUAUAUAAGUCAAAUUAUGGUUUUGUUAUUAAAUUUGCUUAUUAUUUACUAAAAUACAUUGCAAAUAGAAUGUAUUUAACAAAAAAAAAACAGUUUUUUUUAUGAAUUAACCUGUCUAUUUCUAUAGGAAAAAAUAUAAGAAUAGAACACUAAAUGGUAUAAUUAUUGAGUUAAUGGAAAAGAAUUCAUAUAUUUUAACGAAUUUACAAAUCGUAAUUUAACACGAUAAAAAUGCAUCUUUAUUUAUUCGAUAAUGUAAUAUAAAUCUGUAAAAUAAGCAAGUAAAUACAUACAAGAAUACAAGUAAACGCAACUAAAAUUCACUUACGAUUCCCCUUGGACAUCUAGUGGUUACUAUGAUAACUUAAUCUUUUAUCUUUUCUUUUCUUUCUUUCUUACUUCAAUUAAAUAAGAGAUAAAAUUGCGGAACUCAGUUUAUUGCUUUCAUAUUUAUUGAUCUGGAAGUUUUAUCAUAGUAGCAAACAGCGGAUUUGUUGUGGUUUGUUCGUAAAAACGAAAUCCAAUCAGAUCCUGUGACACCAUUGAAUAUCAGAAUUGGGUUGCAAUUCUGACAACAGCAAAUCUCUCUCUCUACUCUACUACACUCCUGGUAAUGAUUAUGAAUUUUUAUUUGACUUUAUACCGUAUUAGAACGAAUUUUCCUAAGCUACUCUAAUUUGAAAAAAUCAGUCAUUAAUUUAUCCCAGAACUCGUAUAUUAAUCUAACUUUAUGGUUUCCGCCAUACUUUUCGAUAAUAUUGUGGAAUAUUCCAUAUACUGUGAGCGUCAAAAAUAAGUAAACAGCAGUUCUAUCAAUGUUAAAGUGUUUAUAACAACGCAGUCUUUAACCCAUUUACAGCCAUUGGUCGAUUUAUCGACCAGCAAAUUUGAAAAAUCACCAAGUCGAAAAUGAACGAGAUCUGCGUGAAAUCAAUAAUUUUAUGCGAUUUUGCAACUUUCUGAAUCCGUGGCUAAACGGCUCAAUGUAACAAUCUCAAAAAAUGUUAAGCAUCGAGUGUUUUUUUAUUAUAAUCAAAAUAAAAAGUUGAAAUGAAAUCAAUGCGGUGGAUCUAGGUGCGGCCGAAAAUGG